UGACGUUUUAAAACAUAACGGCCAAAACUUGUGAUUUGAAUUUAUUUAAUCAAUUAUCAAUUUUAUCUACAAAAUAUUGUUGAAACGUUUUAAUUGUGUGAUGUUUGAAAAUUGUAUUCUAAAGUAAGAUGGAAGCCAACGAUUUUUUAGUGAAAAUCAAAGCGAACGGUGACGAAAAGGAUUGGAAUAACUUAGCCAAAGUGUACAACGAUUAUAAAGUGAUUUCUUCCAAGUUAUCGUCGAAAGAAAGAGGAUCUUUCUCGCUAAAUGUGUUAUGUUUAUUGUGCAGGAACCUAGACAAAGCGCCUUCAUGGCGAGAUAGUAUAGAUAACAAAGAGUUGCUAACUCUAACCAUAGACUGUAUCAGAGAGACGAGAGGACUGAACAAGGCUGAACAGGUCAAAACAUUGGCCUGUAUCUACCAUAUACAUAGAUAUGUUGUUAGAUUGAAUAAACAAAUACCUCCAGAAUUAAUACUGAAACUCUCCUUCAUGGCUUUCGAAGCGGAACCAAAGAAUCUUUUAAAAGAAUAUAGCAAGACAUACUGGAAUAUACUCGCAGACAGACUCUGCUUUAUAGAAAAGCUAAGAGGGAAAUCAAUACACAAACUAUUACCGAAAUUAAACGAAGAUGUACUGAAAACUAUAGAAAUAUAUGACACAGCUCAAUUCUGCUCCAAUAUACUAGUAUUUUUAGUCAAGAAACUGCAUUUUAUAUACAGCGAAUCUCAUUCCGAAGUACUCAACGGCUUUUACAAGGAGAUCUUUGAGAAAUUAUCACAGAAGACCGAUAUGAAUGCUAUGAAAAAGCUCAAAGAUAAAGAAUUAUUAGAUGUUUAUGCAAAAUUCAGUGAUUGUUUCUAUGUUGUAGCGGAAAAUUCUUCAAAAACACAGUUUAAAAAUUCAGCUAUUAACUCCGCUGUGAGAACGGCCAUAACUCUUCUUGGACAUAAGCCGGACUUCUUCCACUGUCUACAAACCUUCUAUUUGAAUUCUUUCUGCGAUAUUUUUCUUAAUAAGACUACUUAUUUGGAUACUGUCUUCAAAAAUCUUACUCUAUCUUGUGAUAUCACCUUGAAACUGGGUUAUGAAUCAACUAUGUCAACUUCAUACCCGUUCAUAGCACAAUUUUUAAGAUUAUUCAUCGAAUACUCCAUUAACAAUGGUAUUAAAACUAAUUUCACGGCGGAAGUGCAAGAAAAUUGCCUGAAUUUCAUGCUGAAACUACUGAAGGAGUUGAAAAACUGCGAACAGUUGUUGAAAUGUGAAAAUUGUGCUGUAAAAACUGGUUUGCACGAUGCUUUAAGACUGUCUUUCUUGGUCAAGCAUUUCAUCUCGGCUUCGAUACAGCAAAACAUUGAUAUGACAAGGUUAUUACCAGUCUAUAAAAACGUCAUAGAUCAACAAUACUCAAUUAUGUGUCAAUUAAAACAGCAAAAAUGUAUCAACUACGACAAAUUUUAUAGAAAACUACAAACAGAUACGCACAACACAGCCAUAGCGCUAAACAAGAACCAAACAUACGAAUUCUCAAUCAAUUUAUUUGAGAUUUAUAUAAAAAAUGAGUUAAGCAUUAAUUUGAAUGAGUUCGAGCAUAAAAAUGUGGCGCGAGCAUUUUAUAAUAAGAGCAUAUGUGAGUUGGACUAUAAAAUGCAUGAACAAGCACUAUUGGAUGCUUUUUUGAGCUUGAUUUUUGCGAAAGACCUUAAUUCUGAUAAGUAUAUGAGUUUGGUGAUGGAUAUCAAGGCAAAAGCUCUGAAAAGUGAUGAUGAUGACGCUGAUGACAAAACUGAUGACCUUCAGAUGAUCUCCGUGAUGGAUGCUUGUAGAAUUGUCAUGGAAAAUAAAUUGUAUGGAGAUUUGAAGCCGUUUUUGAAAGAAGUUAAGUUCAGUUCACUUCUGAAGCAUGAGUUUGAAAUGUACUGCAAGUUAUGGCCGUCUAUAGCGCCGGUGGCCGGAGUUUGGCGCGCCCUGAACUCACUUCUUAAUAGCAGACAAGAGAAAUGGAUUACAGUGGAAAACACAGAUGCCAUAUUUUGGACGCUACUACAAGUUAUAUCGCUGACUCCGGCCGCGGUGAGGACUAUUCACGCUGAUCAUUUCAAAGUGGUCGUUACAGAGUUAUUGGAGAACAUUGAGAAGAUGCCUGAACCGAUUUCAUCGGACAUACGCCUCGCACAAACGAUACUGCUGUUCCUUCAAGCCGAGUACGAUAUAGCCGAGGCCAGCCACAAAUAUAAUUGGAAAGCUACUGAAACGAAUAUAGACCCGGAUAUUCAACAAGCGAUGCGCACACUGCCCCAGGAACAGACCGCGCUACGCAGAGCUCUGCAGGCCGUAGAAGUGUGGACUGAGCUAUUGGCGGUUAUCAACACCGUAACCACCAAACCCCUGCUGCGGCCCGCCGUCCAGCUGGCGGAGAUAUUCGUCCAGCAGUUGCAGUACUACAGCAGGCCGGCGCACGCGCUGCAACUGGCGCAUGUCUGCUGCCAGCUCGCUGCGUACUUGGAUGAUAAAGUAUCGUACGUACGCAACGCAGGAGUCUUGCUCUCUGCCCUUCAGCAGUCGACUGCACUUCAAGAUAUACUCUCCCAAGCGACCGAAUAUUUCACCGAAAUUAUGAAAAACGUCGAUAAUACUGAAUGCGGUGUCGUUUUUCUAAGUGAUGUCGCGAUGUUUUACUUAAACUCCGGCUCGAUAGAUGUCGCAGCGAAACUGGUGCAACUCGCUCAGAUCAGAAUAUUGUCUGCCUACGACAAGUUUCCUGAUAUUAACCUUGAUUUAGCAGUGGGCCGGCUCAUGGAAGUGCAAACUAUGCUCGCCCGGGACUCGAGUCCAAGCAUUCUGAGUGGUGUCAACGGAACUCAACGGCAUUAUAUGUCGAUUUCUAAUACAACUCCAAAGUGGACAGCCCGUCGCCUCCGCUCGGUGUCAAUAAAGCUCGGUGUGUCGCGGAGCAGCGCGCGCGCCGUGCGCGUGUGUCGCGCGCUGCAGUGUUGGCGCCGCGCGCGCAGCACGGCCGGCGUGGCCGCCCCGCACUGCGCGGGGGCCGUGCAGGCCCGCGUGUACGGGGACAUCGUGCAUGUGCAUAAGGUGGACGAUGCUCAGGUCAAAAUCGACAACCGGCUAAAAUACAUCCUUGGCUUACCUCCAUCGAGCGAUCCGCCAAUAAUGCCAACUGAAGCUAAAGUACCAAUGUUUGCGCCAAAACAAGACUUCGAGACGAUGCUGGAGUGUCAAACGUUCAAGUCUCAAGUCAGUCCGACCAGGAAAUAUGUAACUAUACCAGGCUUCAUACUGCCGGAGUUCUUCAGACAUACGAAAUGUGAUUGCUAUGCCUGCGUCAACCCAUAUUGUAUGAUAAUUUUCUACAUAACAGCUGGUUUGGAAGCGGCCAUGUAUUUCCGGGCGAACGAACAUGAAAUAGCAAAAAAUUACUUCAAAGGCGUCAUCAAUUCGUUCGGCUAUUUCGAUGCGAAGUUGAAGGCUGUUUUGACGUCAUAUACAGAGUUGGAUUUCGAGAAGUAUGUAGUGGAUUACAAUAGAAGUAUGUUUGAGGACCAAUUUAGAAAAGUUAAGUUGGAAAUUUUGAUCGAAGCGUCCUUUUUUGAGCUCAAAAAUGGGAAUUUUGAUGCGGCAGACGAUUAUAUUGUGACCAUACAUGAAAUUUGCCAAGAUUUGCAGGUAAAUGAUGCCUAUUUGAGCAAUGAAGUCAUGAAUUUGAUGAUAGCGUCAGCUAGGCUAAGGAAUGUGGUUAAAAAACAGCAGUUUGAUUUAGAAGCUGAGUUCGAAAAUCUAAAGUUAAGCCCCAAAAUGAAGACGGAGGGUGAUAAAACACCAGUCUCGAAGGCCAAGCUCCCCCAAUUAUCGGCGAGAAAAGUCAAAGAUGAGGAAUUACCGAAAAAACGCAAGGUUAUAAAACUCAACCUAGACGAGAACAGUUCAGACGAGAAAGAAGAGAAACCGAAACCUAGAAAACCGGUAUCCGAAUUCAAAAUACCAGUUCCGGUCACAUCGAAACCGGUUUUAGAGAUCUUGACGCCGAGACCGUCAAGAAAACCGGUGAUCACGGUUACCGACACGGCUAAAACACCGGUCAACGAGAAACCUGAUAAAUGCAAUGAAUUUUUCACUCCCAUGUCGACUCCGGAACAGUUCUUCACACCAAUGAACACUAUAAAAACAUACUCGAAGUCUUCUCUCAGAAAGGGUAUAGUGAAAAAUUUGGAACACGAAUUUUCGACGCCAAAAGCUGUGUCGCAAAAGGAAAAUUCAAAGAAUCUAGACGCGCCUAGGACGUCUAGGAAGGACGAAAAAGAUAGGGCUUUGAAGAGGGCUACUAGUCCUGGAAAAUUGACGGAAAAUAAGACGCGUCCUCGAAGGCUAAGGCAACCUAAAUUAAAUGAUUAACGUCCGGGUACUGGAAGACUACCUACUCAAGUUUGUUUAAGUUGUACUUAUAUGGUGUCAUUUUGCAAACCAUUUGUAGUGACAGAACUAUAAUUCUUGUCGUAGCUCUAUCGGGUUAUUUUAAAUUAAAACAAAAGACUGUACAAUUAAUAGGUUUAAUUACUGCAUAUCAGAAUCAAGACCGGCUCACACCGAUACAAAGAUAAGCCCGAAUGCUAUGGCUGGCGUGUGUCGAUGAAGAAGAAGCGCGGCGCUCGCGCGACCGUAGGUUUUUAUACCCCCGUCCCGCGCGUCGCCGCCUCUAUGGUCGAUGGCCAUACUAAUGCGCCGACAUUAUUUUUAUGUCUUUAAACAACGUUGCCCCACACUAGGAUUUUCUCCUGUGUCGUGGUUACGU